AUGACUACCUCCGGCAAAAACAUUCCAAGCUUGGAGAAUUUAAUUAAUCAGUGUUGUGAACAUUAUUAUUCAAAAUUGAAUGAACAUGUGGAGGAUGAAUUGAAUAUAACGUCGGUGAAUAGCAAAGAUCAACAAGAUACAAAUAAUGAACAACAGCUGCCCAACCAAUACUAUUCUUAUGCCAAGUUUCAAGACUUCAUCAACGCUUCAUAUUCUCAAGAGAAUUUGAAGUUUCUUAUAGAGAUUUAUCAUUAUGAAAAAAUAUGGAAUAAAACUUUUAAACGUCAAUCAUCAAUUUUGAAAUGUAAAGAAGAAGAACCAACUUUCAACAUGUUUAGCAAUUCAAGAAAACAAUCAGUUGCCACAAUACGAACAAUGAAUUCAAGAAGAUCCAAUCGUCAUCCUUCCAUUGUGGAAGAAGGUUCUGUCAGUCCAGCACCUCAUCAACAUCAAACAUUAACCGCUAACCAUGAUUCAGUCUCUCCUGUACAAAGAAAACCUUCAAAUGUGUUGAGUAAUAAUGAUUUGGAUAAAUUGGUUCAAGAAUUAUCAUUACCAAAGAUUUUGAAAAGUGGUGAUGAAUUUGAUAACAAGUCAUUUGUAAAUCAAGAUAUGGAUGAUCUUAAACAUUCUAACCCAUCAUCGUCAUCACCAUCACCACCAAAUGGAUUAAAGAAUAAGAGAAACUCAUUUGCAUCAAGUCGUUCAGCUUCAAAGAGAAACACUGAAGUUUGGGAUUCAUUGUUUAAACCUUCAUACAUUUGUGAAAAAAAUAAUGAUUGUCAAUGUCAUCAUUCAAAUAAUUCUUCAGAUUCAAAUUUAGCAAGCGCAAAUGAUAAAGAAGUUGUUGAUGCCUUAGAACAACAAGAAAUAUUAGAACAAAAUAAAAUUGAAUUACAAGAAAAAUUCGAAUAUAUAAUACAAGAUUAUGUUAUUAAUAAUUCACCAUAUCAAAUCAAUCUACCAGAUACUGUUUAUUCUAAUCUAUUGAAAGAAUAUGAAAAUAAUAAGAUUUUAUAUCAUUCACCAUUAACUUUAUUACCUGCUAAAAAUGCUGUUUUACAAUUAUUAAGAGAAAAUAUUUAUUAUAAUUUCUUAACUGAUCAAGAAAAUUUAAUUAAUAAAAAUAAUUCAAAGAAAAUUAUAACUAAAAUGGAUGAAUUGAAAAUAUCAAAUUCAAGUUCAACAAGAUCAUCAAGUAUUAGUCAACCUGCAGCUCCAUCUGCUUUAAAUUCUUCAUCAAAUCCAACUUCCGUAUCAACCGGUAGUAAACCUGAAAAGGUGAAAACUCAUGAAUCAAUUAAAUCAAUAGGUUCGAAUAAAUCAAAUAUAUCAACAAGAUCAAAUUUAGAAAUCAAUACUUUUCCAAAGAAGAAAAAAUCUAAAGAUUCAAAUCUUGGUAAACUUGAUACUUCUAAAAGUUCAAAUUCAUCUGAAGAAUCAUUUAAAUCCAAAUCAAAUAAUACACCAAUAUCUACAAUUUCAAAUUUUUUGAAUAAAUAUCAUAUAAAAAUUCAUAAUAACACAACCCAAUCGAAUAAUUCAAGUGCACAAUCAUCAAUACAUUCAGCAUCAAAUAAUAAUUCAGAAUCAUCAAGUAUAAAUUCCCUUCCAUCACCAAUAUCUCCAAUUCAACAAUCUCCAAAUUUAUAUAUCCAAUCCUCAUCAUCAUCAGGAACAAGAUCUAGAGAAUUAAAUACAAAUUUCAUUCCAAAACCAACCAAUACAUCAUCUUCAUCAACUUCACAAAUGAAUAGUCCAUUAAGACAAAGUAUUGAUAAGAACAGACAUUCACAUACAAAUAAUCAUGGUCAUGGUCAAGGAAGUUCAAAAUAUGUUAAAGGUCCUUGUGGAAUUGAACCUGAAUUAAAUGAUUAUGACCCAAAACCUCCUAAACAUAGCUGGUCAAGACUUUUCAAUAAGAAAAGUAGAUCAUAG